GCCACGGGCGCCGCGCGGGGGUGACAGCAUGGCCGCCCGGGACCCGCCGCCCGCCACCAGCUACGCCCCGCCCGACGUGCCCUCGGGGGUCGCGCUGCUGCUCACCAUCCCCUUCGCCUUCUUCCUGCCCGAGCUGAUAUUUGGGUGCUGGGUCUGGAUCCUGGUAGCCGCCACCCAGGUGGCAAACCCGCUGCUGCAAGGAUGGGUGAUGUAUGUCUCCCUCACCUCCUUCCUCAUCUCUCUGAUGUUCCUGUUGUCUUACUUGAUCGGAUUUUACAAACGAUAUGAGUCCUGGAGAGUCCUGGACAGUCUCUACCAUGGGACCACCAGCAUCCUGUACAUGAGCGCCGCUGUCUUACAAGCACACGCCACCAUCGUUUCGGAGACUAAUGACCUGAACAACUACUUCAUCAACACUGCGGCCUCGUUCUUUGCCUUUGUCACCACCCUGGUCUACAUUCUCCACGCCUUCAGCAUCUAUUACCACUGAAGCAGCGGGGAGCCUGGCCAAGGGAAAAGUGCUCUUGAAAGCCCGGAUUACUGGCCCUCAAAUGCAGCGUUCAACAUUUGCCACCGGAUGAUAAACAGAUCCGUGAAAACAUCCAUGGUCGUAACAGACCGUCUUUUCAGAUGGUGGGAUGACACCACACUUUGGCCUAGUUGUUUGGACAUUCUAGUUCACUAGAGUGAAUUUGAGAAAGCUGUCAUCUUUUUUUUUUGAGAAAGUAACUGUCUCUUGAAAUUAUCUGACCAUGAACCUAGCCCUUCUAGAAAACUAACAUCGAAGCCCUCACCGUUGAGAAUCCCAGCUCCACUACUGUCACGCCUCCUUGGGGAUUUUCCCCUCAGCAGUGGGCUCCCUACUGCAGAUUUAGGGGAAUGUUCUUAGAAUGGAAAAGGCGCUGCCGAGGCCUUCAGACCUAAGACAGGUGCACAGACCUUGUUUCCAUCCCUCCGCUCUGCCUUGGCUCGGUGUGGGAGUGUUCAAACCAGCUCUCCUACCCCAGGGGGAGCUGACGGGGACAAGCCACACUGCCUCCCCCACCCCACUUCCCCUUCCCUUUCCUCCUCAGCAUUGAGAUCCAAGGAAAAUGUGCACAAAGCCAACAUUGGGGGUAGAUUUGUGGGGGCGAUAAGUGAUUGACUGUACGAAAUCGUUUUACAGUAGA